UGCCUGUAGUGAUUGUAGUUGUAAAGAGAGGGCUAUAUGGGGUAUUGGGUGAAAUUAUGGGAGAAUUCAUUUUUUAUAGUCUCUGCAACACAGAACAUGAAGCGAAAAAGGAGACUGGCCUUUUUAGAAAAAUGAAGAAGGUGUAGAAGGUGUGUGUGAGCUGAUCUGAAUCCAGCAGCAUGGAUCAGUGUGAGGACAGAGAGGAGGGAGUCCCUCCCUCCGAAACCUACCCGAGGGGAAAAAAAAGAGUUGCAGAGGGUCAGAGAGAAGAAGAGAGGAAACGACCCGAACCUGAACCUGAACCUGAACCUGAAUCUGAACCUGGACCUGGUCCCAGCUGUGUGUCCUUGAAGAGUGACAAAUCCAAGGAUUUCUAUUGGGAUUUUAAAGAUACCCAACGUUCUCCCUCAGUGAGGAGACAACAUGGACCUGAACCUGAAACUGGACCUGGACCUGGACCUGGACCUGGACCCAGCUGUGUGUCCUUGAAGAGUGACAAAUCCAAGGAUUUCUAUUGGGAUUUUAAAGAUACCCAACGCUCUCCCUCUGUGAGGAGACAACAUGGACCUGAACCUGAACCUGAACCUGGACCUGGACCUGGACCCAGCUGUGUGUCCUUGAAGAGUGACAAAUCGAAGGAUUUCUAUUGGGAUUUUAAAGAUACCCAACGUUCUCCCUCUGUGAGAGUGGAUCAGCAGAUCUCAGAGUCCCCCAGCGGUCCGUCUGUCCAGCAGCAUCAGACCCAGCUGGACUCCAUCUUUCAGCUGCUGGAGGACGACAUCGUCAUGUUUGUGAAGGACGAGCUGAAGAAGAUCCAGAAGGUUCUGAGUCCAUAUUACCCAGAAUCCUCAGAGAGUAUGGAGGAGGAUGAAGAUGAAGAGCAGAAGAGCAUCAGAGAGACAUUCAUGAAGUUCACAGUGAAGUUCUUAAGGAGGAGGAAGCAGGAGAAGCUGGCUGACCUCCUGCAGAGCAAUAUCGUUGCUGCCGGUUGUCAAUCCAAACUCAAAGUUCAGCUGCAGAAGAAGCACAAGCAUGUGUUUGAGGGGACCAUUAAAGCAGGAAACCCAACCCUUCUGGAGCAGAUCUACACAGAGCUCUACAUCACAGAGGGAGGGACUGGAGAGGUCAAUGAUGAACAUGAAGUCAGACAGAUUGAAGCAGCUUCCAGGAAACCAGACAGAGCAGAAACAACCAUCAGACAGGAAGACAUCUUUAAACCCCCACCUGGAAGAGGAGGACCAAUCAGAACAGUGAUGACGGAGGGGGUGGCUGGCAUUGGGAAAACAGUCCUAACACAGAAGUUCAGUCUGGACUGGGCUGAAGGCAGAACCAACCAGGACAUCCAGUUCCUGCUUCCAUUCACCUUCAGAGAGCUGAAUGUGCUGAGAGACAGAAGGUUCAGCUUGGUGGAACUAGUUCAUCACUUCUUCAGUGAAACCAGAAAAAUGUGCAGCUUUGAAGAGUUCCAGGUCGUGUUCAUCUUUGACGGUCUGGAUGAGAGUCGACUUCCUCUGGACUUCCACAACUCUACAAUCGUCAGUGACCCCAGAAGGUCCACCUCAGUGGACGUGCUGCUGACAAACCUCAUCAGGGGGAACCUGCUUCCUUCUGCUCGCCUCUGGAUCACCACACGACCCGCAGCAGCCAAUCAGAUCCCUCCUGAGUGUGUUGACAUGGUGACAGAGGUCAGAGGGUUCACUGACCCACAGAAGGACGAAUACUUCAGGAAGAGGUUCAGAGAUAAGAAGCAGACCACUAGGAUCAUCUCCCACAUCAAGACAUCACGGAGCCUGCACAUCAUGUGCCACAUCCCAGUCUUCUGCUGGAUCACUGCUACGGUCCUGGAGAACGUCCUGGAGAAAGUCCUGGAAACCAGAGAGGGAGGGAAGCUGCCCAAGACCCUGACUGAGAUGUACAUCCACUUCCUGGUGGUCCAAGCCAAACUGAAGAAGGUCAAGUAUGAUGGGGGAGCUGAGACAGAUCCACACUGGAGUCCAGAGAGCAGGAAGAUGAUCGGGUCUCUGGGAAAACUGGCUUUUGAGCAGCUGCAGAAAGGAAACCUGAUCUUCUAUGAACCAGACCUGAGAGAGUGUGGCAUCAAUGUCAGAGAGGCUGCCGUGUACUCAGGAGUGUUCACCCAGAUCUUUAGAGAGGAGAGCAGCCUGUACCAGGACCAGGUCUUCUGCUUCAUCCACCUGAGUGUUCAGGAGUUUCUGGCUGCUCUUCAUGUCCAUCUGACCUUCAUCAAGUCUGGAGUCAACCUGCUGAAGGAUCAACGAACAACUCACCCUUCUUCAACCAGUUUCUAUCAGACAGCUGUGGACAAGACCUUACAGAGUCCAAACGGACACCUGGACUUGUUCCUCCGCUUCCUCCUGGGUCUCUCAGUGGAGACCAAUCAGACUCUCUUACGAGGUCUGCUGGAACCAGAACAAAGAAGUUCACAGAACAAUGUGGAAACUAUCAAAUACAUCAAGAAGAAGAUCAGUGAGGAUCUGUCUGCAGAGAGAAGCAUCAACCUGUUCCACUGUCUCAAUGAACUGAACGAUCGGUCUCUGGUGGAGGACGUCCAACGGUCCCUGGGGUCUGGAUGUCUCUCCACAGAUAAACUGUCUCCUGCUCAGUGGUCGGCUCUGGCCUUCAUCUUACUGUCAUCAGGAGAUCUAGAUGUGUUUGACCUGAAGAAGUUCUCAGCUUCAGAGGAGGUUCUACGGAGGCUGCUGCCGGUGGUCAAAGCCUCCAAGAAAGUUGUACUGAGUGGCUGUAACCUCUCAGAGGACAUCUGUCCACUUCUGUCCUCAGUUCUCAGCUCUCAGUCCUCCAGUCUGACAGAACUGGACCUGAGCAACAACGACCUGCAGGAUUCUGGACUGGAGCAGCUGUGUCCUGGACUGGAGAGUCUACACUGUAAACUGGAGUCUCUCAGGCUGUCCGGCUGUCAGAUCUCAGAGGAAGGAAGUGCUUCUCUGGUCUCAGCUCUGACCUCCAACCCCUCCCACCUGAGAGAGCUGGACCUGAGCUACAACCAUCCAGGGGAGUCAGCAGGGAAGCUUUUGUCUGCUGGACUGGAGAAUCCCCGCUGGAGACUGGACACUCUCAGGGUGGAGCCUGCUGGACAACGAUGGUUGACACCAGGAGGUCCAAGGAAGUAUUCCUGUCAACUCACCAUCGACACAAACACAGUCCACAAGAACAUCCAACUGUCUGACAACAACAGGAAGAUGACACGUGUGGAGGAGCAUCAGUCAUAUCCUGAUCAUCAAGACAGGUUUGAUUACUGUUCUCAGCUUCUGUGUAGAGAAGUUCUGACGGGUCGCUGUUACUGGGAGGUCCAGUGGAGCGUACUAGUUUGUGUAUCAGUGAGUUACAAAAGAAUCAGCAGGAGAGGAAACUCUGUUGACUGUUGGUUUGGAAGAAACGAUCAUUCCUGGAGUCUGGACUGUUCUCCAGAUGGUCGGUACCAAGUCCGGCACAAUAACAGACAAACAUCCGUCACCUCCUCAUCUCCAUCUUCAGACUCUGACAGAGUAGCAGUGUACGUGGACGUUCCUGCUGGAACUCUGUCCUUCUAUGAAGUCGUCUCUGACAGACUGAUCCACCUCCACACCUUCAACACCACCUUCACUGAACCUCUCUGUCCUGGAUUUGGAUUCUGGUCCAGGUCUGGUUCAGUGUCUCUGUGUCCAGUUUAGUCUCAAGAGUCCUGUCAGAGAAACUGUCUUUGUUGGAUCCUGGACUUGGACUCUGGUUCUGGUUUCUCAGUGCCAAUAUGAUGAUGAUGAAGAACAGGAUGAUCACCAUUUAUCUUUAAUUUUUUGGUUUAUUGUAUUUUUAUUUGAUCUUUUUCACAUUUAACCAAAUCAUUUACUGGAUUGUUGAUGUUUCAUCAUGAAUUUGAUUGUUAUCUCAUUCUUCUUCUUUUAUUCUUGAUUCUGUCUCUAAAUGUUUUCAUUUUUUUAUUUUUUAUUUUAUUUAAUUUCUCAACAAAAACAAAACAUAAGACAGACAGGGUCAUCACAGGUGUAUAGAAAUGCGUAUUGUAGAAACAAGAUAGGAUGGGUCCGGGUUACAUUUUUAUCAAAAUAUAUUGGGUCCUUAGUGGUCAUGUGUGAUGAUUGGGGUCCUAGAGGAUUUUAGAUCCUUCACUCUGUUUCAUGUAGAUCCUAAGCUUUUUUUUCCUCGUUUUCCAGCAAAUCCAUGCUCUUAUGAUGCAAAACAACCUCUUUAAUGUAUUUCAGUCUGGAUUUCGGCCACACCACAGCACUGAGACUGUACUCAUCAAAGUCUUAAAUGAUAUUCAUCUGAAUAAUGAUGCAGGCAAAUCCUCUGUUCUGGUAUUAUUGGAUCUGAGUGCUGCAUUUGACACAGUUGAUCAUAACAUUCUUCAUAACAUUCUUCAUGAUAGGGCUUUUAUGAUGCAAAACAACCUCUUUAAUGUAUUUCAGUCUGGAUUUCGGCCUCACCACAGCACUGAGACUGUACUCAUCAAAGUCUUAAAUGAUAUUCAUCUGAAUAAUGAUGCAGGCAAAUCCUCUGUUCUGGUAUUAUUGGAUCUGAGUGCUGCAUUCGACACAGUUGAUCAUAACAUUCUUCUCAGCAGACUGGAAAAGUGGGUGGGACUUACCGGCACUGUGCUUCAAUGGUUUAAAUCUUACUUGCAUGAUAGGGCCUUCUUUGUGUCAAUAGGAAACCAUGAGUCUGAGAGAACCAAAAUCACAUGUGGGGUUCCUCAAGGGUCCAUUCUCGGACCGCUUCUAUUCAACAUCUAUAUGCUACCCCUAGCUCAGAUUAUGGAACAUCACAACAUUUCCUACCAUACUUAUGCGGAUGACACACAGCUUUAUAUUUCAGUGUCACCACAUGACUACAGUCCCCUGAUCUCAUUGAGUAACUGUAUUCACCAAAUCAAUGAGUGGAUGUGCCAGAACUUUCUCCAGCUAAAUGCAGAAAAGACAGAGGUGAUAAUUUUUGGCCCUAAAAAUGAAAGGGAAAAGAUCAGCGCUCACCUUGGCUCCAUGUCAUUGACAGCUACGAAUCAAGCCAGAAAUCUUGGUGUAAUUAUUGACUCAGACCUGAACUUCAACAGCCAUCUAAAGUUUAUCACCAAAUCUGCCUAUUACCACCUAAAAAACAUUGCUAGAAUUAAGGGUAUUCUGUCUAAACAAGACAUGGAAAAACUUAUUCAUGCAUUCAUUUUCAGUAGG